UCCGCUAACACUGUCGAUCCCCCUCCACUCCCCAAAUGAUAGCACAACAGCAAGCUCAUUUUAUAGCACAGCAUAGUCUGAUGGCUCGCCAAGCCGCCGCCGCUGCUGCAGCCGCCCAACAACAAGAGCAAUACUUGUAUCAACAUCUUGCAAUGCACCCAACCCACUCGACGGGUGCAAAUUCUGCCGUGGUAUCGCAAGCCCCGCCUACCUAUGCAACGGCGACGACGAUGACGCAUCCAACUGGGAGCUACUCAAUGACUCACACGCACGCUCCACCUCCUACUAUGGCUAACAUGAACCAAGGAGCUGGCGGUAUUCCAAGUCACCUAGCAGCGGGCGGUGUUCAUGCUGCCCAAUAUCCGCAGUUUGUGUUCAUGCCACGGCAUAUGGUUGGCCCCGGCGGAUUCCCUGUUGGUUUCAUGCCACCAGGCAUGAGUCCAAUGCACUUUCCUGGAGCGGCCACCGCUGCUGCAGCAACCGGUGGCCUUGCCCAAACCGCAAUUGCUACUCCAACCGGAAUUGCACAUCCCGGUACACUUAGCCACUCGGCCGCCGCUGCCAACGCUCAACAACAGCGUGCCGCUGCCUUGACGGCCAACGCCGCCAGUGCUAUGCUCCCGACAAGCAUUAAACGCUCCUACGACAAUGCGUUUCGCAACGACCAAUCCCAGCUAACAGCAACCACGGGCACGAAACGUGCUUUCCAUGGCGGUAAUCAGGCGGCUGCGGCAGCUGCUGCGACGGCGGCUCUCUAUACGCCCUAUUACCAUCCCCACAUAUGAGGGCAGGGUGUUGCGUUACGUUAAAUUACUUUUAGGGAAGCUGUUGUCUUUAAUGAUCAAUUCAGUACAAUUGUGCUAAAAUAUUACCAAUUUAUUUUUAUAGUAACUUUUGCCUUUUUAUUAAAUUAUGAAAUCAUUCCAAUAGUUUAUAGUUAGAUACGCUGUAAUAUCUAAAAACGAAUCAUUCCAUCCACUGCUUUUGAUGCAGCUACUGUUAUUUAGAACACAAAGUUGUUGACUACAAGACAUUUAGAGCGCGGUUGUGAUCAAACGCACCCAAUCAAAGAAGACUCUCUUCCAAUCAAUAGACGCUACUAAAAGUACUUAUUAGAAAAAUGAUUCAUAUACACUAUUUCACAUAUAUUGAAAUAACUUUGUUUAUAUAUUAUUGAACUCUUUAUAUACACAAAACCAUUCCAUAAGCGAAAAAGUUGUGCUUACAUGACAUGAAUCCCUUCCUUGUCCUCCCACCGUGAUUUCCUUCUCCACUAUCUGACUUGGUUUCCGGCAACUAGAAAACACAAAAUGGAACAGUCUAAUCCUACUACGAAUUAACACCAUCCUUGGGGGUUGUUUUAAUUUCAAUCCCUGCUACAUGUGAUCGAAACACUUACACCAACACAAAUGGAACGUGUUUGAGGGUACUUCAUAUAAUAGUAAUGAUUGCUGCUGUGUGUUUAUGUAAAGGCGGUUUGCUGGGUCUCAUCCUACCUUAUAAAAAUCCAUUCAAAUCAAAACACCGGGGGUGUCGGAAUUAUUAUAGCUAUUAUCGUUAUGUAAUGUAAUUUCGUUGUAAGGCGCCUGGAUCCCCAGAGGGUGAGACAUUAUAGACUGGAGAAGGAUUAAUCGUGAAUGAGCAUUUGUGUGAGAUGGUAUACUGCAGCUCUUAUCACUGAUAUUUUUUGCAAUGUUAGGAUUAGUACUUUCAUUUAUAUGAUUAAAAUGCCUUGUUAGUGAAUUCUAAAAUCUAAGACUAAAUCACUUAAGGACUAAGUUUUGAGUUUUGUUUUUAACCGUUACUGUUAUCCCUUUUCCGUACACUGAAUCAAACACACGCAAUACAUUCCACGACAUACAUCAAAUUUAGUUUACAAGGAUAACAUUAGGUACUUAAUUUUAGUACAACUAUCUAAACAUAUUCCAAUUAAAACAGCCACUGAAAAGAAAACGCACACCACGCAUUUCGAGACAUUGUGAUUGUUUUCUUAUUAACACUCAAAAGCAUUAAAUUGGUCAUCAGAAAACUAAUUAAGGUUACUUAAUCGCAUUUUUUUGUCUUUCCGAAGGAAACGCGCUUGUUAAACCAUUGAAAGUGCGAUUAAGUAUCCUUUUCGGGUAUAUUGUCACAUUGCUCUCGUUCUGUUGUAGAUGAAAUUCAGCCACUCAAAAGCUACAUUCCUAAUUCGUGCGAUAAGGCCUCCUUGUCGUAACAUUGCGCACACAAACUUACACUACAAUUUACACUGUUGUUGUUGUUUGUUGUCUUCCUAAAAAAACAAAAGAAAAACGAAGUUUAAUGUUUUAGUGUAAAGCUGACGGUGAAAAGGGCUUAACUGUGUCGGUUUGGAUGGAACGCGAUCAAAGCUGCGUGCAAAUACGAAACUGGAUUGUUCCGUUUUUUCUUUGAACCGUACUAAAAAGAUGUAGUCCUACGUCAUAACUACACUUAUUUAUGCAAUCGUUGACGCACGCAGCUUGUCGUGUUUUCUUGGCUAUGGAAAAUGAAAAAAAGGUCAAACGAAGAUUAAACUGUACUUUUUCUUAUAUAAGUGGAGAUUUUUUGUUGUUUAGUAUAGUUUUUCGUAAUAAUUAAAUGUUGUAAAGGCAGAACGGGAAAUUCGAACGCAAGAAUGUGUGGUUGAUGGGCCACUUUUUUAAUUUGAAACUUUUAUGGAUUAUCGUUUGUUUUUACUAUCUGUCACUACUCCUAUCACUAUUCUAUAACUUUACCAUUCAUAUUCAAAAUACAUUUCUGUUUCUGAAUUUAAGUUAUGGCACCCGUCCGUGUAUCGGUUGUGUUUGGGAGGCAUGUUUAAAUUAGUACAAAACACCGAAAAGGCUUCGUGUUUGAAAUUUCGACUUUCUGUCUUCCCGGAAAUGUAGAGGCAGCAUCGAUCACAGUUUUCAGAGCGCUAGAGGUCGAAAAAGGCAAACUAAUGAUAUUGUUAUGUCUGUUUUAAAUUGAAGAGAACACCAAUUUUAUCUUUUUGCUCAGCUAAAUAGUUCUGUUUAUUUUUCUUAUAUUGUGUCCGUAAAUAAGCUUAAAGAUGUACCAAGUAGAAUUAAUAUUUUUUCAUCGAUUUAUUUUUCAUAUUUUAUUAAUAAGCGGAGAAACUUUAAUACAAUUAAUAUUAUAUAACAAAAAUGAAA